AUGGCCUGGCCCCAGAGCCUCGUCCCCAUCCGACAGGUGGGUGACAGGCCACCGGGAGCCCGCAGAGCAGGGGCCCACGGCAGCAGCGGGAAGAGGGACUCGAGGUCCUCGCCCGCGGCCGCCUCAGACGGGCCGCAGAGGCGACAGGUUCUCCAAGUGGGCAGCGAGGCAGUAACGCGGUCCGUAGCUCAGGCCAGGGCCGUGCUGCCACCCAGCCCGUCCUCUGUCCUCUGCGGGCUGGUGGCCGGGAAUCCAUGCCGGGUCUGCCCGCGUCUCUCCCUCCACGGCUCCAACCUGGUUCCGGCCCCUAUCAGCACCUGGAUCCGGGUACGCGCCCCCAUCCUGGUCCCCAACUCCACCUUGGCCCCCAGUCUGUCCCCCCAGCAGCAGCCGGGAGCCCGGGCCCUGAGUGCCUCGGAGUACACCACCCCCGUGUCCCAGGGUCCCCACACCAAGGAGCGGGCGAGGAGGAGACUGGAGCGUGGGGGUCUCAGGAAAGGGGACCCGAGGAUUCCUGGCCGGAUUCUGCACCACUGUCUCCCUGGGCUGUUGCUGCAGCUGUUUUUGGCUCUGUGCUUCUUUUCCUACCUGCGUGUGUCCCAAGACAAGUCCACAUGGCUACCUGAAUUGGAGGGCCCCUCCCAGGCCACUGCGGGGCCCUCCACCCGCUGGCCCCUGCAUCUCCUGCUGUGGACCUGGCCAUUCAACAGCCCAGUGGCUCUGUCCUGCUGCUCGGAGAUAUGGCCAAGCACAGCCGACUGCCACCUGACCGUCAACUGCAAGGAGUACCAUUGGGCAGAUGCAGUCCUUGUGCAUCACCGAGAGGUCAGCUCCAGGCCAAAUGCGCAGCUCCCGCCCUCCCCACGGCCCACCAGCCAGCACUGGGUCUGGCACAGCAUGGAAUCACCCAGCCACUGCCCCAGACUGAAGGCGCUGGACGGAUACUUCACCCUCAUCAUGUCCUACCGCCGGGACUCAGAUAUCGUCACGCCAUACGGCUGGCUCGAGCCACGGCUCAACCCUGUUGAAACGCUGGUCAACGUCUCGGCCAAGAGCAGGCUGGUGGCCUGGGCGGUGUCCAACUGGAGGGCGGGCUCUGCCAGGGCGCAGGACUAUCAGCAGCUGCAGCCUCCCCUCCAAGUGGACGUGUGGACACCCCACAUGCCCCGGCCCCGGGAGGUUGUGAUCAAGGAACUGCCCCAGUACAAGUUUUACCUGGCUUUCGAGAACUCCUUGCACCCCGACUACAUCAUGGAGAAGCUGCGGUAUAGCGCCCUGCAGGCCUGGGCUGUGCCAGUGGUGCUGGGCCCCAGCAGGAAGAACUACGAACGGUUCCUGCCACCCGAAGCCUUUAUCCACAUCGAAGACUUCCAGAGCCCCAAGGACCUGACCCAGUAUUUGCUGGUGCUGGACAAGGACGAUGCCCACUACCUGAACUACUUCCGCUGGCGGGAGAGGCUGCGGCCCCCGUCCUUCAGCUGGGCCUUGAUGUACUGUAAGGCCUGCUGGCGGCUGCAGCAGGAUCCCGCCUAUCAGACGGUGCCCAGGUUCACGUGA